AAUCAAUUGUUCAAGCAAAUCAGCUUAGAGUCUCCCCAAAGAGCCAUUAUCACAACACCCUUUUCAUCCUCAGCAUAUGAUUCCUUCCUUCCAAUAGGGCACCAUCUGAAUACUCAGAAACAAUCAGUUCUUCAUAUGGUUAGCAGGAAAUUAAACACAUAAACUGAAGCAGAAGCUAAAAGUAGCAGUUAGGCUAGGUAGAAUGGAAGAAUCUGCCGACUCCGGGAGGCCAAAAUGGCAUUCACCUGCACUUGCACCAGCACCUUCCUUCCUUAGUUUUGGUCCUUGAAUUUGUUCUCAUUGUCCAAGGGUACUGCUCUGCUGACCAUUGUCAUGUUUCUGCUGUUGUAGGCGACGAAUGGAGAAGAACAUGAAGCCCAAACCCCAGCAUCGGAUUACUCACUGUCACUAGAACCGCCAAUCUCACACCAAAUUCAUACAAGCAAAUCUAUAUCUUAAAGAGCAACAGAAAGUGGAGUUGAGUUCGGAGAAUCGAGCAACAGAUAGAGGAGCUGCUUGAUCUCGAAUCGACGAUGCAAGGAGAGGAAACAAAAUAUGGGAAACCCUAAAACCAGAUCGAAGAAGAGUUGCGUUACCCAGAUGCGCCAACAAGGAAAGCUUCAAUCUGUAACGAAGGGAUGAUUUCGCCGGCGCCGACGAAGUGAUGACAGUGUAAGUUCGGCGAAGGGCUGGCGAAGUCUGUCCUCUCCUCUGUGAAAUCCGAAAUGUCACCGUGAGAGGCCAACUACAGCUUCGGGUUUUCGGGUUCUUAUUGGUUUUUCUGGUUAUAGCAAAACCGAAACCGCUACAGAUAACUUUCGGGUUGAAAACGAAAAACCGAACCCGACAGCAUUGUUAUCGGUUCGGGUUCGGUUAAAACCGAAAACCCGAACCCAAUCUGACACCCCUAAUCAAGAUGCAAACAUUCGAUGUGGGGGAAAGGAAAAUCCUCGCCGGGGAAUUCCCCCGUUCAAGCCUCAACGCCGGCGGGAAGCUAACCCACCGCCGGGAAUCUCCAUAUUACACGUAGACAAGAACAAAACAAAUGAAAUGAUGGGUCCCUCUUCCCCUCCUACUCAAUCGGCUGAUCUGUUCAAGAUAACUAGCCGUUAGCCCGCUCCCUCCCUACAUCGAAGAAAAAACCCUUUAAAUGCUUCAUUAGCUCCUCCCCCUGACAACUGUGUCUCUCCCCCGAAAAAACUAUAAUUCAAAUAACGAAAAUUCAAAUGCAAAGAUUCCCAAUUUCCCAUCUCUCUCUCUCUCUUCCUUCCUUCCACUCCUUCACUUCACGUGGUCCAUCAUAUGCAACAGAGACCAGAGCGCAGCCACUUAACACCACCACCACCAACAGUACAAAAACCCAAACUUUUCUUUCCCCCUCACACUUGCCCUGUUCCAUUCAAUAACCCACCAUAAACCCACCUCCUCCUCUCUACUUCCUCCCACCUUUCUUCUUAAGUCUCACAUCCAUGGUGGUAGCUGGGGGGAUCAACAACAAGCACUUACCCACCACUAAGAAGAAGGAGAAAUGGAAGUUCCCCUUCUUCUUGCUCUUCUUCAUCCGCCUUUUUCUGAUUCAAUCCGUAUUGGGUCAGGACUGGGACGGCGUGGUGGUGACUCAAGCUGAUUUCCAGGUGCUACAAGCUUUCAAGCAGGAGCUGAUUGACCCAAAAGGGUUUUUGAGGAGCUGGAACGAUUCCGGCUAUGGAGCUUGCUCUGGCGGGUGGGCUGGGAUCAAAUGUGCGCAGGGGCAAGUCAUUGUGAUCCAGCUUCCAUGGAAAGGGUUAGGUGGGAAGCUCACUGACAAGAUUGGGCAGCUGCAAGCGCUAAGAAAGCUUAGCCUUCACGACAAUGUCGUCACAGGGACAAUUCCUCAAACACUUGGCGUGCUCCCUGACCUCAGAGGGCUCCAGCUGUUUAACAACAGGUUCUCUGGCUCUAUCCCUCCCACUUUAGGUUCUUGCCCUCUGCUUCAAAACCUAGACCUGGGUAAUAACUCACUGGCUGGUAGAAUCCCAGAUAGGUUAGCCAAUGCGACCAAGUUGUUUAGAAUCAAUUUGAGUUACAACUCGUUGUCAGGUCCAAUCCCAGCUAGCUUAACCCACUCUCCUUCCCUCGUUUACCUUGAUCUUCAGCACAAUAACUUCUCUGGUUCGAUUCCUGACUCUUGGGGUUCCAGUUUUAGCCCAAAGAACGGAACUUUUUCCCGGCCCGUGCUUCAGUACUUAGUCAUUGCCCACAACUCCCUCUCUGGACCCAUCCCACUUACCAUUUCAAAUCUUUCCUCGCUCCAAGUUCUGGACUUUGAGAGCAAUUUACUUGAUGGGCAAAUCCCAGAAGGAAUCGUUAAUCUGAAGAACCUUUCUGUCCUCAACUUUAGGAGAAAUCAGUUAGAUGGUCCAGUUCCUGAGACACUAGGAGAGAUCCCCACAUUAACUAGGCUAGAUUUGUCUGAAAAUAGGUUGAGUGGUGAAAUCCCAGUUUCACUUGCAAACUUAUCAAGGCUUAGCUCAUUCAACGUCUCCUAUAACAAUCUAUCUGGCCCUGUACCCACGGAACUCUCUAGAAAGUUCAACUCGACUUCCUUUGUGGGCAACAUUCAGUUGUGUGGUUAUUCUGGAGCAACUCCAUGUCCAUCUCCACCUUCACAAACUGUCCCAACUCAACCACCAGAAAAGAAGAAGAAGAAGAAGAAGCUGAGUACCAAAGACAUUAUCCUGAUUGCAGCUGGGGCACUUCUCAUUGUGCUGCUGAUACUCGUGUGUGUACUCCUUUGUUGCUUGGCGAGGAAGAGAACAGCAGCGAAGGCCAAAGAAGGCCAACCAUCGACGACAGCAAGAGCUGCUGCUGGCGUGGCAGGAGCCGAAAAGGGUGCCCCUCCAACUGCUGCUGAAGUCGAGGCAGGAGGAGAAGCUGGAGGAAAGCUAGUCCAUUUCGAUGGGCCGAUGAUGUUCACUGCUGAUGACCUUCUGUGUGCUACUGCUGAGAUUAUGGGGAAGAGCACUUAUGGAACUGUUUACAAGGCCACAUUGGAAGAUGGGAGUCAAGUUGCUGUGAAGAGGUUGAGAGAAAAGAUUACCAAAGGUCAAAGGGAGUUCGAAGCUGAAGUCAAUGUGCUUGGCAAGAUCAGGCACCCUAACCUUCUUGCACUCAGGGCUUACUAUUUAGGGCCAAAGGGGGAAAAGCUUCUUGUGUUUGAUUACAUGUCAAAGGGAAGUCUGGCAACUUUCCUCCAUGCUAGAGGACCGGAGACCCCAAUCGAUUGGCCAACUCGAAUGGGAAUAGCUCAAGGCAUGACUAGAGGACUGCUCUAUCUACACAACAACCAGAACAUCAUCCAUGGCAACCUCACAUCAAGCAACGUGCUCCUCGACGAGAGGAACGAAUCCAAAAUCGCAGACUAUGGUCUGUCUCGGCUAAUGACAGCAGCAGCAAACACCAACGUGAUUGCAACAGCUGGUGCAUUGGGCUACAGAGCGCCCGAGCUUUCCAAGCUCAAGAAAGCCAACACCAAGACUGAUGUUUACAGCCUUGGAGUGAUCAUCCUGGAGCUUCUGACUGGGAAGUCACCUGGUGAGGCGAUGAAUGGAGUGGAUCUGCCACAAUGGGUUGCCUCCAUUGUCAAAGAAGAGUGGACCAAUGAAGUGUUUGAUGUGGAGUUGAUGAAGGAUUCUACUGAGAUUGGCGACGAACUGCUCAAUACGUUGAAGUUGGCUCUGCAUUGUGUUGAUCCUACGCCUUCUGCAAGGCCGGAAGUUCAGCAAGUGCUUCAGCAGCUGGAAGAGAUUAGGCCGGUGGCUGGUGGUCGUAGUUCAGGAGCUUCUGGUGAUGAUAGAGCUGCAGUUCCUUCAUCGAGUGAGUAGAGAGGAUGAUGGAUGGUGGGGAAGAGUGAGUGAGUGAGUGAGUGAUUAUUAGGAAAGUCCAAUUCUUUCAUUCUUGUUGGUUUCCUAGUGCUGGGAUUUUGAUUUAGUUAGUAUUUCUGUAAAUACCACAUUUGGUUUGAGCUUUAGUUUGAGAGGAUGUCUAGUCGUUUGUUUCUUCAAACUUCCCCCUUUAUAAUUUUGGUUUCCGAGGUCUUAUUUCUUUAGCAUAUGGAGAGUACGUGAUUGUGAUUCCUACAGUUGUAAAAUUGACUGCUAUUGAAGGAAUGGCCAUUGUUGUCAUGACUUGUUGAGUUCAACUCGUGAGUUAAGUCAUUUUGAAUUUUUUACGAGUUGGUUCGAACAUUAUGAGUUGUGACUAUCAAGCAAACUCGACUAACGACUUUUGAGUGAAUCGAUCUAUAUCUCAUGAGUAGGCUUGUUGAGAAUUCGAGAUCAAUCAACGAUGGAACAUCUUGCUAUGAUUCUUUUUUCAUCGUAACAUUUAACACAUGUAUCAUGGUGACAUAAAUAUUAGAAUAUUUAAUUUAUAAAUUAUUCGAGUUUGAUUUAGGGGUUCAACUAUUUAGAAUGAAAAUGAAUUGAGUUC